CUCAGUAGCUCGAAACUGUAACUCUAUACACAUCUCAUCAAAGCUACACUCGUCUCACAGCCAUGAUGUGGUUGUAUCUUCUGCUCCUGGGGUUUGUUGGGGUGUGUGAAAGCUACCCCAGUGGUCAGGUUACAGGCAGUUGUGAUGGUAACAUGGUUCCUAAUCACGGACGUGCUGCUCAGACCAGCGCACCUCCGUACACCGUUACAACAGACAGCAACAUAUAUAAAGAAGGAGACACCAUCACAGUGACUCUGAGCGCCACCACGGGGACUUUUACUGGGUUUCUCCUGGAAGCGAGGCUGGUGGGAAGCAACAGCGUUAUGGGUUCCUUCAGUGUUAUGAACUCUGCCGCCCAGACUCUGAGCUGUUCUGGAGUGUCCAACUCUGCCGUCUCUCACACAUCAAAAAUCACCAAAUCAGAAAUUCAGACUAAAUGGAAAGCACCAACAUCUGGCAACCUCAACAACAUUGAGUUCAAAGCCACAUUUGUCCGUGAUUACUCCACCUUUUGGGUGGGAGUGAAGAGUGCACAGAUCACCUACAACGGCACAGGGUCUGGUGCCACAUCCACCCCAUCACUCAGCACCUCCAGUAUCUCCAGCGCAGGGUGUGGGAGCAAUAAGAUGUGUUUUAGCCAUCCAUCUGACUGCGACCCUUCCACCAACUCCAACUGCUUCUUCAUGUCUGCCACACCCAUGUCUUCAACUUCAGCGUUCAAGUACGAGAUCUCCGGCUGCGCGACCGGCUACGUCGCCAUUGGCUUCUCCGAUGACACCAAGAUGGGGAAUGAUGACAUUUACAUAUGUGGAAAGAAUGCAAAUAAUGUGAUCCAGUUACAGCACGCAUUCUCAACAGGGACUACAACACCAAACAUCAUUGACCUGGGGAACGUGACGCUGCUUAAUACAUCACAGAUUGACUGUGUGAUCAGCUGCUCCUUCAUAUCUAAUAACACCAUCAGCACCAGCAGGAGCUCCACAACAUCCAACAGCUACUACAUCUUCCUCGCCAACGGUCCCACUUCCAAUGGUAUGAUAGAGAUGCACCCCAACAUACCCUUAAUCAGCAGCACAAAGGUGGACAUCAGCAAUCCUCAAACAGUGGGAAGUCAGUCACAGCUCCCAGCCAUCGUUAAAGCUCAUGGCUGUCUGAUGCUGAUAGCGUGGAUGACUCUGGCCAGUAUGGGAAUGCUGAUUGCUCGUUUCAUGAAGAGUUCUGCUCUUGGUCACAGACUCUGUGGGAAGGACGUCUGGUUUGUGGCUCAUAUGUCACUGAUGUUACUCUCAGUUGCAGCAACUAGCAUCGCUUUUAUCCUGAUAUUUUCGUACGAACAACAAUGGAGUGGGGGAGCUCAUCCAGUCCUGGGCUGUCUGGUGAUGAUCCUCAGUCUUGCUCAGCCAAUCGUUGCCAUGUUCCGCUGCUCACCACAGGACAAGAGGAGAUUUAUCUUUAACUGGGUUCAUGGCAUCAACGCAUUAGUCAUUAAAGUGUUAGCAGUGGCUGCGAUCUUCACCGGUCUGCUGCUGGUCGACAGCUCAGAGUCUCAGUGGCUGCCGAAGGUGAUGGGGGGCUUCGUGGCCUGGGAAGUGCUGCUCUUCCUCUGUCAGGAUAUAUACCACAGAUUCAGACAAAAAGAAGUGUCUGAAAGAGAUGGCAGUGGGGUGGGAACAGGAAUCCUUCUGCUGAUGGUGUUCUUCGUGGGGAACCUGGCGUUCCUGGUGGCUCUGCUGACUGGAAUCGGAAAUGCAUAAUUAUGGAAAAAAUGUCGGAAAUUCUGAACCUUUUUUACUAGAACCUCAGGAUGUUUUUAAUCAGGUUUAUUAAUACACUUAAACCUUCUUAUUAUGUUUUAAACUGCAUCAUUCUUCUGCUCUGAUUGUGUGCUGAAGUUACUCUUACCAAAUAUUUCAUUCCUCUUAUACCACAACAACUUGCCCACAUUUAAAACAUUUCUUAUAUCGUAUUUAUACCUUUAUAGUAACAUUUGAACUGAGUGAGUUCCUGUUAUCGCUAACGUUACAGCAGCUAUAAACAGUCAUUACCUCACCAGCUGAACUAACUGAAGAUCAGUAUCAGGAAAAAGAAGUGUGUGUGUGUGUGUGUGUGUGUGUGUGUGUGUGUAUCACUAAUUGCCUGAACACAAAUCUUUAGCAUCGUAAUAUAAAACUCAUAAAGUUAAAAACGGAUAUAUUUGUUAUUUUUAUUGCACAAACACUUUUUAUUUUUGAUAAAAACGAAAGCGGAGGCACGGUGUCUUAGUGGUUAGCACGUUCGCCUCACACCUCCAGGGUUGGGGGUUCGAUUCCCGCCUCCGCCUUGUGUGUGUGGAGUUUGCAUGUUCUCCCCGUGCCUCGGGGGUUUCCUCCGAAUACUCCGGUUUCCUCCCCAAAGACAUGCAUGGUAGGUUGAUUGGCAUCUCUGGAAAAUUGUCCGUAGUGUGUGAUUGCGUGAGUGAAUGAGAGAGUGUGUGUGUGUGUGUGUGUGUGUGUGUGUGUGUGUGUGCCCUGUGAUGGGUUGGCACUCCGUCCAGGGUGUAUCCUGCCUUGAUGCCCGAUGACGCCUGAUAUAGGUACAGGCUCCCCGUGACCCGAGGUAUUUCGGAUAAGCGUAGAAGAUGAAUGAAUGAAUAAAAACGAAACCACAACCGUCUUCGGAACAAACCAGCUAUGUAGUGGCUGUAAAAUAACAUUGUAUUCUUUAUUUUCUCCUAAUGGUGUACAUGCAUUUGUACCUUUUUCUGUAUGGAAUAGAUCUCUGUAUUUUUAUGAUAUAAACUGCAUUCAUAUCCAUAUAUUAUGAACAAAACUGUUUUAUAGUCAUCCUGUAACCUGAUUAUUAUUUUUAUCAUCAAUAUAUUAAAACCUUUUCCAAAUAUGA